AUGCAGCACCCGUCGCAGGCUUUGACGCCGGAGCUUGGCUACGAUGGCACCAGCACGUCCGGGCCAGGGUCUACUCGCAAGCAGCUUGUCACUAGAGAUGCAGCUGCUGACGAGCCCAUGGACUAUGAUGUCGAGACUGUUGAGCGAGUUUAUCGAAAGAUAGACAUGCGAAUCAUUCCUCCCUUCUGGAUCCUGUACUUUCUCUGCUCCGCCAUUCGCUCCAACAUCGGUAUUGCUCAAACCAUGAACCUUGACAAGCACCACGAUCUUAUCACAGUCCUCGGACUGAGUCCUCGAGACAUUUCCACCGCAUUGGCGCUCUUUUACGUGUCCUACGUCAUCUUUGACUUCCCGUCCAACCUGAUCAUGAGCAAGCUCGGCCCUCGCGUUUGGAUGGCCCGCAUCGUCUUUGCCACUAGUGCUGUCGGCGCAUGCUUUGCUGCCGUGCAUGAUGCGUGGAGCCUCAAGCUGCUUCGAUUUCUCCUCGGUCUUGUUAUUGCCGGCAUGUGGCCUGGAAUGGCAUUUUACUUGACGCUAUUCUACCCGCCAUCCCGCACAGGCAAGCGCAUCGGCAUGUACUUCACUGCUUCACAAGUCUCUGCUGCCGUCGUAGGUCUUGUCUCUGCUGGUUUUCAGCUUAUGGACGGCACUGCCGGACUCGAAGGCUUUCGCUGGAUGUUUUUGAUCUACGGCUUAGUCGGCGUGGUUCUUAGUGUGAUUCUCAUUUGGUGGCUGCCUGACCGACCACUUGCGCCAGGCCAAACCAGGGAGAAGAGCGGCAUUUUCAAGUGGCUCCCGACGACCCCGGAAGCUCUCACCGGAGAGGAUGCAAUUAUUCACUACCACGAUCUCAGACGCGUCUACCACGCUCGAUCUUGGGGGCUGAAAGACCUCGGACUUGUUCUUUUGGACUGGCGGCUCUGGCCUUUGACACUCAUGUACUUUGGCGUAGUUGGUGUUGGUAUCGGCACACAGCUCUACGGCUCAGUCAUCAUUCAAGCCAUUCGCCCUGGUGCUGGUGGCAUUGAAAUUAGUUUGCUUUUUGCCCCGAUCUGGAUCAUGGAUCUCAUUGCUAUUCUCCUUGUGACUCCAGUCUCUGAUCGAUUCAACGAGUAUCGCGCCUUCUUCUUUUCUGCUGCUGUUUGUAUUCAGAUCGCUGGCCUUCUUACGACCACAUUUGCUCAUGGCUGGGCUCGCUACGGCGGUCUCUUGAUGGUUGGAUUCGGUCUCGGCCCGACCGUGCCUAUUUGCAUGGCCUGGAGCUCCGAAAUCUUUCAGCGUCGCCAUGGUGAGGUCGGUGUCGCUGCUGCCACCGCCUUAGUCUCUGGUCUGGGCAAUCUUGGCAGCGUCACUACAACUUAUGCGUUGUACACGGGCUGGCCUGAAGAUGCCAAGGCUGGACCUCACCGGUUUCGCAACAGCAAUCUCACUAUGAUUGGGAUUCUGUGCAUGAGCAUCCUCAGCGCUCUCGUCAUGGUGUUUCUGCUCAAACUUCUAGGAAACCCGCCUAGCAAGAAACUUUACGAGGGCGAUUCUGCCAGCGAUUUCGAGGACGGUGCCGCCCGGCGCGAGCAGCAGCAACGCGGAUUUGGCCGCUUUGGUCGCAACUCCAUGUCGCAGGCAUAG